GAUAAACGACUAAAUGAUAAUGACUAAAAUAAUCUUACUAAUCUAACUCUCAUCCCUCGUAAAAGACGAAUAAACUUCACCGUCGAUUUUUCGUCGAGUUUCAUCAUCGUCUUCAUUGAGCUUCGCCGGCUUCGUCUUCAUUAAGCUUUCGAUGUGUUGUUUCUUGUUUCUUAAUGGUUACUAUGUGAUCAGGGAGGUGAAUGAGAAUAUUUAGAGCCACUUUUUGAUUACCAUCGUGUUCAGCAAUUGGACUCUGUUUGUAUUGACGAUGAAUUUUAAAUUUUUAAUCACACACACAUGUUUAGGCGAUCUUUUUUAUUUGUUUAGUUUGUGUCAAAUCAUAUACAUAUUCCUUAAAGUUUGAAUUUUUUAUUGUUGUGCUCAUUUACUUAGUUAAAUGAGUAUAUUUUCUUUUUAUCACUCACUGUAAAUCUUUGUUUUUCCCAGUUAAUUUUUGCAUGUUAGAUAACUUUGGGAUAAUUUUGUUUCAUGAUUUUGAAUGAAAGUUUAUACCUUUUUAUGUUUUAUGUUGCUCUACAAUGCUUUUGAUUUGAUUAGUCAAUGUUCUAGCUUGGUCUAUUAAUAUCUGAUUCUCUAGAUAGUUGAUUUGAUUUGAAGUAUAGUCAAUAAGUUAGUCUUUGUUGUGUGAUUUUAUAUUGUUAAUUUGUAUGUCCUGAAACUAGUUUGAUUUGUUAAUACGGUGAGGUUUUAGAUUCAAGAAGCAAGGCGAAUGAGAGAAUAGUGAUGGUGUUAGUUCCCAUGAGAACUACAAGAAAGCACGAACUACUAAGGAAAAUAUUGUUAUUUUCGUAAAAGAAAUAUGGUUGGCUACUGAUGAGCAUAUAAAGAUCACUGAUACAAGCCAUGAUCAUGACACGGGCUCUAGCAGCAACAACAGUGGUAGUGGUCAUAUAGCAUGUCAGGAUGAUGAAUCACAUAAAAUUCAGUGGAAAGAUAUGUGAUAAUAAAACUGGUGGAUCUGUUUCUGAAGCUAUUACUGUGAUUUCUAUACCAAGUCAAAAUGUUCCUGUUGCUGGAAAUGCUCUAUUUAUGGGUUAUAUUGCUUAUGUGCUUGUAGAGAAACAAGUUUGAUGGAUUCUACUACACCUAGUGAUCCAAACACUCGAUGCAAUAAUCUCAAAUAUCUUAAAUCAUAGUCCAUAGUUUAGAACAUAAAAAAGUCAGCUGAUAAACACUAGUAAUUCAACUUAGAAACCUUUAAUUUUGUUUUCAAACUCUAACAAAUCAGUUUAUAACCCUAAUAAAUCAGUUUAUACACUUUUAUAAAUCAAUCUAAAAAGCUUUGUUCAGUUGAUAAUUUGAUAUACACUGAUAUUUCAAUUUAAAAACCCAUAAGUCAGUUUUCAAACUCUAAUAAAUCAGUUUAUAAACCCUAAUAAAUCAGUUUAUAAAAUUUAAAUUAGUUUAUAAGCUUUUAUAAAUCAAACUAUAAAUUUUUAUAAUUCAUUUUAUAACACAUAAAACAAAAACCAGUUUAUAAACAGUAGCAAUUAUACUUAUAAACCCUUAAAUCAGUUUAUAAACAUUUAUAAUUUUUAUAAAUCAGUUUAUAGUCACUUAUAAAUCCAUUUAUGAACCACUAUAAAUCAAUUUAUAGAUCAAUUUAUAAAUCCUUAUAAAUAAAUUUAUAAACCCUUAUAAAUCAUAUUUCCUUUGUAAGAAUUUAAACGGGUAUGUAUCAUUUAUCAACUCUUAUAAAUGGGACAAUCCGACUGACUUAUUCACAAAGGUUUUUCCUUUUACAAUAUUUCGAAAACUCGUCUAUGAUAUUAGGCGUUUCUAUGAGUUAUGAAGAAAAAAGUUAUGUCACUGGAUUUUUUUUCCUUUAUGGUUUUUGUUUCAUCAAGUGUUUUCAUUACUAAUUUUUUAACAGACAAGAUGAACAAUCAAAGAGAGGUGUUAAAAGAUAAUAUUAUGGAUAAUGAUUAUCCAUUUUUAUCAGUUUAUUAUUAAUUUUGUAAAAUAUAAGUGUUAAGCCAAUACUUUCCUCUUUUUUCUUCCAUCAUGAAUUUUAUAUAUAAAAGAGCAAGAGAGUAUAUAAAAUGCCUAUAUAAAGAGAUCAUUUGUUCAUGAAGUGAGGUAACUUAAUAAUAAGUUUUGUUACUCUCUCUCUCUUUUCAUAACACGUCCAUUCCGUCUCAUUAUUUUUAUGGGCCCUGUGUAUAUUCCAUAUGAAUAACAAAACAAUUGUCUGAAAAUUGACCCUAAAUUGUUUAAAAGGACCCUAAAAUUAUACUUAAAAUUGCUUAAAAAAUUUUUGGGCCCUAUACAAAUGCCCCAUCAACACACCCUUAGAGACAUGCCUGACUCUUUAUCUCUCUCAGACUCUCACUAGUCUUUGUUCACAUAUAUCACAAUACUAAAAGCACAAUAUGGUGAGCAGAGAGUGUGCCACCUCAUCAAAAAUAAUCAGCCAAUAAGAAUAUUUCAUUUCGGGUCUGGGCUUCAGUUUUGUUUCGAAUGGGCUUUGAUAUGUCUUCGGCUCUGGGCUUCGUGUUCGUUUAGAAUUGGCACAUCAGCAGAUGUGAGCCCCACUUUAUAUUGAUUUGGUUUGGUAUCUAACUAAUGUUGUUUGUUUAAUUUGAGUUUUAUUUUUCUACGGUUUAAUUUUUUUCCCGUACGGUUCUCUUAAUGUCGUUGGUUCUCUUACGGUUUUAGGGUUAUCGUUUUUUGACUCUUCUUCACCCUCGCCGUUCCUCAAAACUCGGUCUGUAAACCCAAAGUUUUCUUUUUACAACUCUUAACCUCCCCUAACGUAGAUUCAACGUAUUCUACUUAAUUCCCCAUUAAUCCAGUAAUAAUGUAAACCUCUCUGUUUCCUUCAUUUGAUCUAUAAAUUGGAGAGGAUUCCGGGUGGGAUGAAUCUUCACAAUCACUUUCGAUUCAUCUUCCAUAUCAAGCAUACAAAGAUCCUUUGAUAAAGUCGUCCACAGAUGCUUUGAAGAGGCAGAUGACUAACUAUAUGCUUCAGGACGAUUAAAAUCAUCAGAAGGGAGCUCGAUCGUUUUUCUUUUCAUUGGAUUUGCAGCAUUUUGUUUUAGUAUCUUUCUGUUUUUUUUCCUCAGUUAUGUUAGAUAUGUUUUAUUGAUUCAGAGUUUGGUCUGAUUCUACGCUUCUGGUUCGAUAGAUGAGCAAAAAAAUGAGUCAGAACCAUUGAUUUGAUCGAGCAGAGGCAGAGCGUCUGAAGCUUUGAUGCAUCAUCGAGAAAAAUCUUUUGAGUCUUAGAGAGUUUCAGAGUUUCAGGGGAACAGAUUUAGGAUGAUAAAGGCAAGCCAAACCUAGCCAAAUUCUACGGUGAUAUGUCUUCGUUUCUUUGAAAUUUUAAUUUCUUACGUGGACGACUGUGACCUAUUCUCAACUUAUGAUUUGCGGUUACAGCUACAGAAGCAAUACGAGCUCAUAAGCAACGUAUUUUCAGCGUGAUACACAUUUAAGGAAGUGACAGAGUCAUCGAGUCAGUCAUGGAAUAUGCUGCCAAAGAAAACUGUGGGAUGCUGUACCGUUACUGCAAAGCUAUGGGAUAAGGGCUCCAUCAGGAGGACAGGGUGUUGAGGAAGGCCGUAGAGAAAACAAAAAAGAGGGUGAUGAAGUAACAGAGAAUCUCCUGGACAUUGACCCGCUAGAAAACAUGGUUAGACUUAGAGAUGAUGUUUUCAAGUGUAGAAGAAUAAAGAAAGAAAAACUUCAAAGGUUAAGGAGGAGUUGACGACCAAAGUGGACCACCAAGACCACCAAUAUUGUUGAUGAGAAGGUCGAUAUGUUUGCCAUUGGUGUAUUGGUUCUAUAAGUCAUAACCAGUCGUAGAGUUGUUGAUACAACAGAAGCCAUGUCAGGGGUGGUUGUGAAUGCGUGCUAUUUUCAGGAUCACACAGCCCCCUCAUACCUCAACGAACUCAUCCGCCACGGGCAACUCCUAAUGGAGUGAGUAGAAACAAUCAAAUAAAACUUAAAUGUCUGGUAACUAAUGUGCUUAUGCCUUGCCUUAGUCCCCCUUGAUUGAGUUUUGCUUCUUAAGAUUCUCAAUUGGUUGCUUCUUUUAUUUCAGUCAACCAAACGGUGAAUAUCACCUAGAUGUGUCUCUAUGUUGUUCUACUGAUUUUUGUUUAGGCUCAAACCUCGGAGCAGUUGUCAAUAUUCUACAAAGUUCAUGUAGUUUUAAUCUAAGCAUAAAAUUAAACCCCAGUAGACAAAGAAACUCUCAGAUUAAAAAGCGUUAAAUAUAUGGACCUUAUUAGCAACAAGCUCUGCUUCCUUAUGAUCCUCUACACUCUGUUUUUUUUAAAUGUUUUUUUUUUGUAAACUAAUUUUUUUUAAUUGUUCGUUCAUCUUAGGAAAAAUAUAAAUUUAUUUUUGCUUUGUACAUGGUUAAGUAUAAAUCAUUGUUUCAAUUAUGAAUUCUAGAGACAUUAUCAUUAAUGAAACUCUCGGGCUAAUAGUGUUUCCCACGGUUAACUCACGUUAAUUCUAGAGACAUAAACAAGUACUAACCCAAAAAGAGUUUAAUAAGAUAUUGUCAUUGCCUUUGAUUACGCACGGUUAACUCACGUUACAAAGAGAAUUUAUCAAAAUUGUUAUCUCAAGUCUAUCAACAAUCAUACUAUUAUAUUUUUUUCCUUCUUUUACUUUGUUUCGCAAUUUCCCGACUUCAUUUUUAAAACUGUUUCCAAAACAACAACUCAGAUAUGUUUCUAUUCUGACGUUUGUUAUAUUCUUUUCUACACAAUACCCAUGACUAAUAUAUCUACACGUGUGUGAUGCCUUAAGUUACGUAUAAGGAUUUGAUUAAUAAGCAUGGUUAAACCUGCUUUAGAUCUCCAUAAUACACGACUUCAACUAAACAAACAAAUCAAUCCACAGCACUUGCUAUAACAUUUUUCAAGUUUUACAACCCAUCUAAUUGUCAACAAUCCCGCGCUUGCGCGGGGCUCCGCCCCUAGUAAUAUUAUAAUAAUAUAUAAAUACAUAUAAUCUAUUCCUCACUAUAUAUUAUACAACAAAAUCUAUUUAUUCUAUACGUAAACAUACAAACCCUAGCAAAUUGUUAAUCAUUCUUGGAAUUUUUUUUUGAAAUAUGUUUUUCCCUAUUAGAUAUUUGUUUGUUUCCAUUUGGAAGAACAUAUCCCUGAAACUCGUCUAAUUCGGGAUUCAGAAAUGAUGACUUUUUUUUUCUUUUUAAUUAGACUGGGUUAUUUCGGUUUAAUUCGGUCGAGUGAGGUUGGUCCACGAUCCGAUCUGUUUAUUUUUUUUUUCCCGAAGAUUUCCAAACCGGUUUAAGAGCAUCUCCAUCCCAAUUCUAUUUUUUCUUCUAAAAUAGAGUAAAAGUGGAUAUGGAGUAAGGAAUACUCCAACCCAACUUCAUAUCUCACUCUAUAAUGAAAUUUACUCCAUAAAUGGGAAAUGGAGUAGGAUUGAAGUAAUUUUACUCUAUUUUCACUUUUACUCCAUUUUAUCCUUUAGUUUUACACUGGAGAUGCUUUCAGGAAUCUCUCUGUUUACAAACAACACCAACAACAAUGGUGAAUAUCGCAUCCGCAAAUCGAGAAGCUUUGAUCGCACAAAGCAUCUGCGGCACUAUAUUGAAAGGAAACUGGAAAAACAUUCUGAAACACAAACUCGAUUCAGGACUACUAACAUCAUCCAUAACCACACAGGUACUCUCCGAGCUUUCAUCGUAUGGCGGACCUUCUCUCGCACUAAGCUUCUUCACCUGGUCUGAUUCGAUCCCAAGUUGCAAACACACCUUACAGUCUUCCUGGAAAAUGAUUCUGAUCCUCACCAAACACAAUUAUUUCAAAACCGCACACCAACUGCUCGACAAAUUGUCUCAGAGAGAGCUUUUGUCAUCGCCUUUGGUUUUAAGAUCUUUGCUUAACGGUGUUUCGGAAGACCCGGAAGUUCUCUCUCACGUCUUUAGCUGGAUGAUCAUAUAUUACGCCAAAUCCGGCAUGAUCAGGGACUCUAUCGAGGUUUUCGAGCAGAUCAGGAGUUGCGGGUUGAGGCCUCAUUUGCAAGCUUGUACUGUCUUGCUUAAUAGUUUAGUGAAGGAGAGACUGACUGAUUCUGUUUGGAAGGUGUUCAAGAAGAUGGGUAAGCUAGGUGUUGUGGCUAACAUUCAUUUGUACAAUGUGUUGGUUCACGCUUGUUCUAAGUCCGGAGAUCCUGAGAGAGCAGAGAAGCUGUUGAGUGAGAUGGAAGAGAGAGGUGUCUUUCCUGAUCUUUGUACUUACAACACUUUGAUCUCGGUGUACUGCAGAAAGGGUAUGCAUUACGAGGCUUUAUCAGUGCAAGACAGGAUGCAGAGAAGCGGGAUUGGUCCUGAUAUCGUCACUUAUAACUCGCUUAUACAUGGGUUUUGUAGAGAAGGUAGAAUGAGAGAGGCCACGAGGCUGUUCCGUGAGAUUAAAGGGGUUGUUACGGCUAACCAUGUUACUUACACUACUUUGAUUGAUGGGUAUUGUAGAACGAAUGAUAUAGAUGAGGCUUUGAGGCUACGCGAGGUUAUGGAGGCGAGAGGGUUUUCUCCUGGAGUUGUGACUUAUAACUCGAUUCUUCACAAGCUUUGUGAAGAUGGAAGAAUAAGAGAAGCUAACCGGCUUUUGACUGAGAUGAGUGGGAAAAAGAUAGAACCUGAUAACAUCACUUGCAACACUUUGAUCAAUGCGUAUUGUAAAAUCGGAGACAUGGUGUCUGCUGUGAAGGUAAAGAAGAAGAUGGUUGAUUCAGGGCUAAAACUUGAUAUGUACUCGUACAAAGCAUUGAUUCAUGGGUUCUGUAAAGCGUUGGAAAUGGACAAUGCGAAGGAGGAGCUCUUCUCUAUGCUAGAGAAAGGCUUAUCACCAGGAUACUCGACUUAUUCUUGGCUCGUGGAUGGAUUCUAUGACCAGAACAAGCAAGAUGAAAUCUCAAAACUUCCUGAGGAGUUUGAGAAAAGAGGUCUAUGUCCUGAUGUCGCUCUAUACAGAGGAUUAAUAAGAAGGAUUUGUAAGUUAGAACAGGUGGAUCACGCCAAAGUGCUGCUUGACUCAAUGGAAAAAAAGGGUUUGAUGGGAGAUAGCGUUAUAUACACAACCAUGGCUUACGCGUAUUGGAGAACAGGGAAGGUCACUGAAGCUUCUGCUUUGUUUGAUAUAAUGUAUAAUCGACGGUUGAUGGUAAACUUGAAACUGUAUAAAUCUCUCAGUGCCUCCUACGCUGGUGAUAAUGAAGUGUUGAUAUUCUUUUGGAGUCAUGUACGUGAUAGAAGUCUCAUAUCGAAAAGCAUCUUACGGGAUAUGAACAGAAGCGAGGUCUUAUGAAGUGAGUACCCGUAUGAGCUCAGUGUUGACCACGGAUAAGGUUGAAAGUCCGACUUUCCUCUGUUUUAAGAAAUUAGCUAAUACGCGAUAAGGUUGGGCAAGCCUGAUAAUUUUAAGGCUUUGAACGGUGUACAUACUUGAAAGACUUUAAAUUGUUCUUUGCACCAUCGAUCAAAGAUAUUAUUCAUUCUUACAAACUUCUUUUUCUU